GGACUUUAUUUGAAGAGGGGGACACGUAACAGCUGAAAAGCUGACAAACCUGUGGCCCUCUAACUAGAUUAUACAGGAUUACAAAAAAACUGAUAAUGAAUAAAUAUAUAAAUAAUUACAAAAUUCUAUAAUAAAAAUAGCAGGACAUAUUAGAACAGUAUUUUGCUUUAACUUGCGCACAUGUUGGUGUUGAUAGUGAUUCUGUUGACUGCCAAGGCGUGUUCAAUUGCAAAGACUGGUUAAAAAUUCGCGAUGCUGUAAAUCCUAAUUUCAUGAAAUAUAACAUGGAUUACUUUUACAAACCUUCUCACAAUGACAGUGAGGUGCAACUUGGCGUUGGCUACAACGCGGUUUUGCGGUUCGAUAAAGAAACAGACAUCAUGUCUAUUUCUUUUGGUGAAACAGUUUUUAACAGAUGCCUUAAAAAAUACAUGGAAAGCUUUCAAUUAGAUUUGAAAAAUACAAAUGACGAGCUUUCUCGACGAGUUUUUCGUAAAAAUGAACUCGUUCACACACGCAUUACUGCGAACAACAAAUCCAAGCAUAGUAAGAUCACAGAGAACAAUUAUUCUUAUUGGUGCCAAUAUUUAAAAAAAACCAUGUUUAGAAAUGCAGUCAAGGUUCAAAGUGAUGUGACAUUUUUUGAGGAUGGUGAUUCUGGUGCUCUUGUUUGCUUUUUGGAUGAAAACGAUGAUUGGAAACCGUUUGCAUAUGCUGUUGCUGAAGUCGAAGGGGAUGGCAAUAAAAAUGGUAGUGAGAGUAAUGAAGAUGGUAGUGAGAGUAAUGAAGACGGUAGUGAGGGUGAUGCAGUUAGUUUUGCCAAACCUGCGAGGACUUUUAUUUGCUUAAAAUUGGACAAAGCUUUGAAAAAACUGAAACUUGAAAAUGAGGAAUAUUUUGUAAGAAAUGAUUCGACGGGUAUCGUCAAGUCGGUCCUUCGUUUUCUAAAAAUAAGGAAAUAAUAUCUUCCUGGAAUUUUCAAAAAAACACCCUCAUGCUCUUAUUGGAGUUCAAUGAGAUAACUUUAUUGAGUGUAAUCAAUUUUAAUUAGCACUUAUGACAAAAUUAAUGUAAACUAUGAUUCAUUUAGAAUUCGCGAUUCCACCACAAUGGUGAAUCCGGUGUUGGGCAGUAAAUCACAACACCUCACUUUUGGAUUGUUUUAAAAUUUGAAACUAUUUAUUUGUAAUUAGAUUAGCAGGACAUAACUGAUUCUUUUGAAAUACUUAUGAUCAAUUACAUUGUUAUAAAAAAUGUUA